AUGGAUCUGAUGGAAAUUGACAAAGCUGGGGCACAUAAUGGCAAUGAUGCUAUUAUCCAAGCAAGACGCAACGACCUCAUAAACGAGUUCGAAGCCCUCAAUGAAAUUCACCAACAGACAUUUUGGUUUUAUUACCUACACAUCUUCACCGGCGGAGGUAUUGGUGGAGAUAUUGAGCUCUGUGGGUCCGUCUUUCGCUACAAAAUUACAGCAGCUUCGACAGAGAAAAUCUCCAAGCAAAAAUUCACCUACAGAGCAAAGAAGCUGAAACCACUUGUAUUGAAAUUUCAAGAAUAUAGUUUACGCCCAACAGGAGCUGUCCUGGUAUCAAUACAAAUUGGUUUAGAGCUUGGAACUGUGAAAUUUUGGGAUAUACCUGACUAUGAAGACGAGUACUUCUGA